GGCAUGUCAACAAACCAGCGAAUUAGUUUGAACUAGUGCUAUCUCGAAAGCAGUGCAAUUUGAACGACUAUGGCCCGAACAAAGCAAACUGCCAGAAAAUCCACCGGUGGUAAAGCACCUCGAAAGCAGUUGGCAACGAAAGCAGCAAGGAAGAGUGCCCCAGCUACCGGCGGAGUGAAAAAACCUCACAGAUACCGACCCGGUACCGUAGCUCUCAGGGAAAUCCGAAGAUACCAAAAGUCAACUGAGCUCCUCAUCAGAAAACUACCGUUUCAGCGAUUGGUACGCGAAAUCGCGCAGGACUUUAAGACCGACUUGCGCUUUCAAAGCACCGCCGUCAUGGCCCUUCAGGAGGCGUCCGAAGCCUACUUAGUCGGCCUCUUCGAAGACACCAACCUGUGCGCCAUCCACGCAAAGCGUGUCACCAUUAUGCCCAAGGACAUUCAGUUGGCGAGAAGAAUCAGAGGGGAGCGAGCUUAAGAACUUGCUUAUUCACAAAACGGCUAUUUUCAUAGCCACAAA